AUGGUCCCCGGAGUUCCUUCAACUGGGUUUCCUGGCUACAACCUUUCGCCUAUAUGCAAAUCUGAACCGAAUCUCGCUCCGACAACCAUGCCUAUGCCAGUCCAGCAUAAUGAGUUGCCCUACACCCACUUCGCCCUUAUAUACCUUGAUGCAAACGGCAAUCUUUGUCUGCAAUCUUCUCAGUCAAUCGCGAAUAGAUGCCAAACAAUUUUACCCCCAAGAGCAACAGAAGCUUUCUUACGAGCAGUGGCCUUGUCAAGAGAAGCCCACUCGCCGCCUUUCCAUAUUGAUCCUAGUACCCCAGUGUCGCCUGGCGAAAAAAGGCAUUUCCCAUUGCAGAUGCCUCGCAUCUCCAAUGUUGGGGUAGAUGUUAGGAAUGGAUCGCACAUGUGGAAGCAAGUUGAAUCCGGCAAUCCAUUUCAACCGACAGAAUGGUCUAGUUACCAGGAACCCUGGCCUCUCUGGCACGCAGAAGCCCACGAUCUUAGAAAGACGGAUUGUUUGAACAAGGACCAUAGUGAGGUCAGAGGCACCACAUCCAUGAUAUCCGUCAGUGAUGCAGAUCUGCUGGGCCUGUAUUACAAGAAAGCCUUCGAGAACCUACACCAGACGAAUUGCCGAGUGCUUGCAAAAGCAUAUGUCAAACUCGUGGAGCCUCGCAAGCAGGUCAACUAUCCUUACAACGGACGGAAAACCGUCGCAGGAACUUCUAUACAGCUCGAUCCGGACGUGACAAAGCCACCAUGGUGGCCGUCUGGGGUGAGCCAUAGGGAGCCGGAUCACCUCCCUAAAGUCGAACGUAUUCGGCUCCUGGUCUAUAUACUGCGCGAGCUGCGCACUAGCUAUGGAAUCUCGGCCGCAAAACUACGGGAAGCUGAUCAGCCAAUCCGUCAUCAGAUUUCGCCUCCCGAGCGUUUGCGGAUCCUGAAUGAGAUCUAUCUUGUUCGGGAGGCGGAAGAGAACUUUUUGGAGGGAAAGACUGACGGACAAUCGAUGGUGCGGAUCUCUCGUGCGAACCUACCCGAAACAGAGGGUGACACUCCGAGCCCUAAAGGCCGCAGCGGAAAUAGCAGCCCCACUGAGAUGGCCACUAUACGAGACCCGAACACCAACGCGGGCACCGAGCCAAGGGUCGUUGCUGUCGAUGCUCUUCAGCCUGUGAUUGCGUCUGCUGGAGGCUUUGCUACGAACUCCUAUUCGAACCGUCACCCCCUUCCGGGCACAGUUUCCGAGUCCACACCCACCGUGCCGACUGCCCAGACACAGUCUAGCUUUGACUCCGCCGGGUCUCUAUUAGCGGUGCCGGGGAAUCCAAGGAACUACGACGGUAUCGAGACGUACUCGGUUGACCCAACCAGCCCAACUUCCCUAUGGCACUGUCCCUCUAUAUGCCCCGUCGGACCUCAACAGUUGCCGAUCAAGUACUAUGACGAUCAUUACCACUACUAG